AUUCUAGCCGUGCGGAUGCGUUGAGCCCCAUUUAAGUGCCGACAAAAUUACCGACCUAUCGAAAUUAUAUUCAACGGGUUACGCAAAUGAAUAUUUAUGCAGCACUUAGAGAGUAGAUUAAUGCAACAACAAAAAACAAGGAGUCGACGUUGGAAAAGUGCUUUCGAUUUGGCGAAAUUCAAGCACGUUGGUUGUUAGCGCGGUUGUUAUUUUUCUAAAUUGUGCGAAAUAUUAAAAUUGCCAACAAACUAAAAGAAUUUACGCAUGAGAGUGUUGUUUUAAAGGGCAAACUCGUGUGCGCGGCUUAAGAAAUUCAAGGCGAAAAAAAUUGUUAGUAAUCGGGUAGAAAAAGUUGUGAAAAAUUUAGAGAUUCAGAUUCGAGCAACCACUUCACCAGCUUGUGCUUGGAAAUAGAACUGAUGCAACUAUCACACAAAUAAUUCUUCUAAAACAACUGCCAUGUAGAAUCACACAACAACACACAACGAAACAUUAUAAGCAUUAACAUUUUGUUGCUCUUUCGCAACGACAUCACAGAGGCGCGAAGGAACGAUUUAAACAAAUUCACAAAUAAAAAAUCUUAUUUUAUCAAAUAAAAACGAAUUUUGUUUAUAAAAAGUGAAAGUGUCAAGCGAAAACCACAAAAAGUGAUGGGGAAACGCUUACAUUUGCUAUUAAGCACAUUGCUGGUACUCGCCACUGGUGUGGAGCAGAUACAGUGCAACGAUCAUAAUGAAACGUUUCUGGAACAAACUUUCCAUUAUAUUGAAUAUGUUCUAAAUGAGCCAUUGACGCGUGCGUCCACGGAGUGCGAGACAGAUGACACCAGUUCACCGUUAGAUGAGUUCCCUGAAUAUUUUACAUUGGAUCAGCUGCGUCAAGGCUGGGUCGUGCUGCACGUCUUUGCCGCCGUCUACUUAUUCAUCCUGCUCGCCAUCAUUUGCAAUGAUUAUUUCCUGCCCACCGUCGAGUGCAUAUGUGAAGACUUGAAUUUAUCCAAAGAUGUCGCCGCUGCCACUUUCAUGGCCACCGCCACCUCAAUGCCUGAAUUCUUCACGAAUACGAUUAGUACGCUAAUAACCGACUCAGAUUUGGGUUUGGGCACGAUUAUUGGCUCGCUGAUGUUCAAUACAUUGGGAGUGGCUGCCUUAGCGGCGUUAUGCAUAAAAAAGCCCGUACAACUCGAUUGGUGGCCCAUAGCACGUGAUUGUGUCAUCUACAUGUUUAAUACGGUUGUUCUCAUUGUACUCGCCUGGGGUGGGUAUGUCAGCUUCACCGAAUCCUGCAUCAUGAUGGGUUUUCUCAUUUUCUAUUAUACGCUCACCUUUAAUAACAACAAAUUUAUGCCUGCCAUACGCGUUUUCGUAGAGGAUAAGCUGAACUGUUGUUUAUCUAAGCGAUAUGAUUUGACUGAGCCACCAGAGAAUAGUGCAAAGGCGCGACUGCCACUCAAAAAGGAUCACCUGGGCGGUGAUGGUCUAUUUGUGAUAAAUUUACCUGAUAAUACCUCGACUAUGUCAUCCACAGCGAAUUUGACGCAUUCAAAAAGUUGGAAUAGCGAUGAAAGCGAUGACGUCCCCUCACCACCACGCAAACUCUUCUCCUUGCCACAUGGCGAGACGAAAUUGCGGAAAUUCUGGUGGGCUUUCAUAUUUCCCAUCAAAUUUACACUCACGUUUGUCAUACCCAGCCCCUCGCUCCAUCGUCGCCUCUACCCGAUCUCCUUCACUAUGUGCAUUAUUGCAAUUGGCCUGAAUGCUUACAUGAUUGUCUGGAUGUUGACGGCAUUUGGUGUCGCGAUAAAUGUGCCCGAAAUUGUUAUGGGGCUCACCUUUCUAGCGGCUGGCUCAACUAUGCCCGAAGCAGUCUCUAGUUUGAUUUCACUGAAAAAUGGUGAAAACGGCAUUGGCGUCUCCAACUCACUGGGUGCCAACUCACUCGCCAUACUCCUCUCACUGGGCGUGCCAUGGUUCAUAAAGAAUUGCAUGAAUUAUGGCAAAACAGACGGCUCAGCUAUGAUUAAGAUUGCCGCUCAGGGUAUUGAGUACAAUUUAAUCAUUUUGCUGCUGUGCACCGUUGCGCUCUUUAUUAUUUUGAGCUUUAGUGGCUAUCGGCUAACGAAACGUGCAGGCGUAGCGUUAUUCUUAAUCUAUGCGGUCUUCAUUGUGCUGCAGAUUUUGAUCGAGAUGAAUGUGUUCUUCCCGCAACAGUGCUAAUCAAGAAACAAAAAGCCCGACAGGAAGAGGAUAAACAGAGAAAAAAAUUAUAUGGAAUAAAGUAAAAAAAAAUUAUGUACAUAUAUUUUUAUUCGCAAAAACUAAGUGAGCUAAUUAAGACUGUUUAGUGCUGUAAGUUCGAGAAAAUACCAAAAUACCAAACUUAGCUGUUGAAUUUCUAGAGUAAGUUAGUUUUAAAAAUAAAAACUUUUUAAAUUAAAAACAAAAAAAAAAUAUUUAAAAAAAUCUUAUUUCAACAAAAAAUAUUUCUUAAUCCAAACAUUUUUAUAUAGAGAUCGCCUUUUUAUGUAGAUAUAUUGUAAUUUUUGAAUUACAAAUAAGCCAAAAAUUUAGUGCUAUAAAUAGUAAAUUAAUUAGUGCCACAAAUUAGAAAACCAGAAGUUAUAUAAACUAUGUAAAUAAAAUAUAUUGACAACGUUUAAUACAAUUUAAUGCAAUAAAAAAGGCUAUAGAAAAUUUAACUAAGAGAAUUUAUACUCAAUGAAGUAAGAAAUCAUACUUUUUUAUUAAUUGCUGUUUUGUUUUUUUGUUUUUGUUAAUUAUACUUUAUUUCUACUUAACUAAACUGAGGUAACUAUGAAAAUUCGAAGGCAGUUAAAUCUCUUAUGCGCGAGUUAUGUAUAAGCCUAUGUUAAUAACAGAGCUAAUGUUAAUUUGACAGAGCUAAUGUUAUUAACAUGACACUAACACACUCACUGUUUCAUUUUAAAAAUAUAAUUGGCGCAGUCGGUAGGGUUUUAAACAAAGUGUUGAAACGAAAGCAAUAAAAAUACAAAUUAUUUAAUGCUGCAGACACAACAUAAAGCAGACACAGCACAAGUGAGUAGUUUGCAAAAAACAUGACUUUAAUCUUCAACGUCAGCUCAAGACCAAUCUGUAUAUACUAAAAUAAAUUGCUUAUUACCUAAACCAAAGCUGCAUAUUAUGAACACUUAAACGCCACCUAAAAGCUCAGUUGCAAUGGUAUUUUUCCAUCCAAAAUUCCUUUUUACUAUUUGUUUAUAAGAACUGUUUAAUUUUGGUUCCCCAACAUUGUUUUUCCAUUAACAGUUCUUAACAUUUAACACUAUUGUUAUUGUCGUGUUAAUAUAAUAACAUUAGCUCUGUUAUUAACAUAGGCUUAUACAUAACUCGCGCAAACUACAAAUUGAAUUGUAUUUAUAAUUUUAUUUUUUAAUUUCAUAAAUUUCAAUUUUAAUUUUAAUUUUUAUUAACCUGUAUGCCCAAAAAAUGUUUGUAUAAUAUAAAAUCCUAUAUCAAGUAAAUAUCUUUUCUUAAUUUUAUUUUUAUUAAAAUUAUUUUUUUAUUAGUUAUUUCUUAAUAUUUAAAAAAAAAAUUGUAUUGCUGUUUUAACAUUUUUGAACUUUUUUUAUUGUUAUGUUUUAUAAAAUAGUUUUCGCAUUAACCAUAAAAUAUUCUUCUUUUUUUGCCACAAACUACAGUAUUUAUAAUUUACGUGAAUUUUUUUAAACCAACUGCUUUCGACAAAUACAAAAAAAAAAAACAAAUUUUACUUAAAAAUAUUUUAAAACAAUUUUGUACAACAAAGUAGUUACAAUGU